AUGUCUGCCCCCACUCCAUCACCCAGCCCUAUAUGCUAUGUAUUUGAAAAGUCGACGUUUUUCCAAAACAAUCCUCACGCUUGCUUACCCACCCCGGCCGAAGUGCGUGCACAGUGCAAGUUCCCGGGCGCCAGUAUCGAAUCAUUCGGGCUAUAUCCGCCGCCAGCACGGUUCCCUCACCUUGGUCUACUCGUAAAGUUCGGUCAUGGCGCGUCCGUCACCGAAGGCGAGUGCCUAGCAUUCCUCAGACGGCAGGGUAUCACCUUUGCGCCGGAGAUUUACGGUUGGACGACCGAGGGGGAUGUUGUCUAUCUCUACAUGGAGCUCAUUCCCGGUGUCACCCUCAGUCAGCGAUGGGACUGGCUGUCCGCGUCACAGAAGGAGGCCAUCGCCCUCGAGCUCAACGAGAUGAUGGGAAAGGUGAGAUGUGUCCAUUUGGACUCGAGCACGCCCUACAUUGGAUCCGUUGGUCGACGACCGCUGCAGGACAGGAUCCUCGAGCAGCGUAGAGGGGCACCGCUCAUGACGUUCGACUCUGUAACCGCACUGCAUGACUUUUUCAUGCGGCCCACUCUGUUCGACCCCACGGUGCAGCAUCCCCACAGAGGCGACCUUCCCGACGACGUUGAAAUCCAGCUCACGCAUGGGGAUCUGCACCUUGGCAACAUCAUCGUGUCCGCGCCGUCGUGGUGGACAAAGGAGGGGCUGGUGCCGCACGUUAUGGCAAUUGUUGACUGGCACCAAGCUGGCUGGAUGCCGUCCUACUGGGAGUACUGUAAAGCGCUAUGGACUGUCAGCCCUGAUCGCGAGGAGUGGGCAACAGCCUACCUUCCCAAGAUCAUCGACUGCCCCGCAGUAGUUGGGGCGUGGUUACAACGCGCCGCUGAGUUUGCCGUGUAG